GUCGAGUCGCGUCGGGCCAGAACUGGCCACCUGCACCUCGAAUUGGGAGCUCUCGAGGUUCCUAGGACAUCCCGCGAAAUCACCAGCAAUCCACCAACGGAACACUCCCAUUGUCCGCCCAGCAACAACCGCAAUGGCGCCCGCAGAGCCGUCGUCCGACAAGGAAAUUUACUCGGUGAUCCUGCCGACCUUCAACGAGCGCCAGAACCUGCCCAUCAUUACCUGGCUGCUGAAUCGCACCUUUACCGAGCACAACCUCGACUGGGAGCUCGUCAUUGUCGACGACGGCUCGCCCGACGGCACGCAGGAUGUAGCCCGGCAGCUGGUACGGGCGUACGCGCCGCACGUGCAACUGCAGACGCGCUCGGGCAAGCUGGGGCUGGGCACGGCGUACGUGCACGGUCUGCAGUUCGCGCGGGGCACCCACAUCAUCAUCAUGGACGCCGACUUCAGCCACCACCCCAAGUUCAUCCCGCGCAUGAUCGCGCUGCAGAAGGAGCGCGGCUACGACAUCGUCACGGGCACCCGCUACGCCGGCGACGGCGGCGUCUACGGUUGGGACCUCAAGCGCAAGCUGACCAGCAAGGGCGCCAACAUCUUCGCCGACACCGUCCUCCGCCCCGGCGUCAGCGACCUGACGGGGAGUUUCCGAUUGUACAAGCGCGCCGUGCUCGAGAAGCUGUUCGAGAGCACCGACGCCCGCGGGUUUACCAUGCAGAUGGCCCUGGCCGUGACCGCCAAGGCCAAGGGAUACAGCAUCGGAGAAGUGCCCAUCUCGUUUGUGGACCGUGUAUACGGGGACAGCAAGUUGGGCGGGGAGGAGAUUGUCGAGUACGCGAAGGGGGUGCUGCAAUUGUGGUGGUCUAUCUAAGUAUGUCUUCAGAUGAAGGGAGGGGAAACAGAUCGUGAAGCGGCGGGGGAAAACUUGGAAGCCGCCGGUUGGGGAAGUAAUGCUGCUGCAAGGAGAGGAGAUACCCCAACGGGGGGCCGUUGUAUGAGUAAGGCAAAAGAAGGCAACAUUUGGGAAAGGCGUUGCUUGGGUUGCAGC